AUGCCUGAGAAGUACGAAAAGUUCACAUUCCCAGACGGAAGCAAGAAGGAUGUCGGCUUUGAACACCUAGAGACGGUGAAGUCUGCCGAGUCAAAACCCACGAAAAAAGAAAAGCUGAAGCGACACUUCAAGCGAUUCUGGCUUUGCUACUUGAUCGCUGGAAUCGCAUUUCUCGCCAUAUUCCUCCCACUACUAUUCCUCAAGAUUGUCCCAGCCCUUGCGCAAGCCAUCGUGAAUAGGACGGACCUUCCUAUCUACUACGCCUCUCUCAAAGCCAUUUCCGACAGUCAGGUCUUAGUAGGACUACAGACAGCUCUCGAUGUCCCCGCUGGCCUCACAGUGUCACUUGAUGGUUUCAAGCUCUUUCUCUACAAUGCAGACACCAAUCCGUUUAGUCCCUAUACGUCAGUGGUAUUACCAAGACAAAGCGUCAGCGGCCACACUGUUCUUUCCAUUGAUAAUCAGAUUGUCAAUAUAGGCAACAGGUCAGAGAUCAACAAGUGGCUGGAAAGAACUCUAUACAAUAAGACCACGGACAUUAGCGUCCGUGCAGACACAAUGGCGCACCUCGGCGCAUUGAAGGCGCCCAUUCAUCUCGACAAAACAGUGACCAUCAAUGGCCUCAACAAACUAGAUGGCGUGAAACUGGACGAAAUACGCAUCGUGCUGCCCCCAGAGGCCGACGGCACGAACUUGAUAGGGAAUUUCACUCUUCCCAAUUGGUCGCCGCUCACCAUGGGGUUGGGAAACGUCACCUUCAACGCAUGGGCUGGCGACAUCAUUAUUGGGAACGCUACAAUCCUGAAUGUCGAGCUCCCUCCCGGGAACAGCACACGUUCAUUCAAAGGGCAGAUAUUCCUCGAUACUCUGAUCAAGAACCUGGGCAAAGUGAUCAGCAGCCAAGCAAGCGCGAUAACAAGUGGUAAUAUUCUAGUAGGUAUCAGUGGCAACAAGACAAUAGUCAACGGCCAGCACAUCACCUAUCUGGAAAAUGUACUGAAUAACAUACGGAUUGAUACCGAAGUCCCUAUCCUACAGGCUUUAGGGGAUGUGCUGGCCAGCAUAUCUGGGGAAGACCCGACGCUGGAUCUGGGUGGUAUUCUAGGCGUCAUUGGCCAGCUUUUGGGAAGUGAUGGUCCUUUGAGCGGUCUCCUGGAUGGAUUGAAUCUGACAAAGGCGCUAAAUACUGUGCAGGAGCGAAAGCUAAGCAAUGUCGAGGCGGCUGGAUUAACCGACAGCCCCUGGAUCCUCGGCACUCACCUUUCAAAGCUGCACUUUUUGCGGGACAUUCCCAGUUAUUUUCCUAUUAUGUCGGUAGACCAAUCAGUCACAGCCGUGGAUAUCUCGGUAACGACACUGACUGUUCCAGCUCAAGACUCUGUCAAGGCGCCCUUGGUCGAUGUCGUGAUUGACGGCAGUCAAUUUCCACUGUCCAGAAUCUCCAGCCCGAACGACGAGCCGUCCGAGGAACGCAUCGAGAGUAUCCAAGAAAAGUCAUUUUCGCUGGUUGAGGUGUCAGGACACAAGACAGCGAAUGAUUUAUGGAUUGUUAUAGACAACGAUAUAUAUGAUGUGACGAGAUUUCAGCACGAGCAUCCAGGUGGACACAAAAUCAUGGCAGGAGUUGCCGGAAAAGACGCGACAAAGAAGUUCGACAAGUAUCACCGUCGUGGAAUACUCGAAAAGUACAAAAAGGACCUAAGAGUUGGUGCAGUAUCUCCAGACUUGCCGGCGCAAGGCAGUAAAAUAGGGCUCUUUCGGAAAUUAGGAAUGAGAAAGAGGUAG